AUGUCAGCGAUCGUUUCUGCCCUCACUCAGUGUGAGUUGGAGGAGAACAAUAACUUGGUGGAGAUUCUUUCGUUGGUGAGGUCUUCACGGAAAUCUGAAGUUGAUGCCAAAUUGGCUUCCGUGGUUCGUGGCUUGUGUACGAAGAACCUGGCGCUUCUAGCGUUGCUUCGUCAGUGUGAUCUGGAUAUGGCCAAUGACGAGAAGGACGUGUUUAAGUCUUUGGUCAAUGACUUUAUCGUGUGGUUUGAAGAUGCCUUUGUCGUGUUUGAGAGGUACUUAUCGUGUUUCCCUUUGCCUGAGGAUUACGAUUACUCCAAGUUCUCUAAACCAGUGCUCCAUGUGGGCUGCUACUCGGCUUUCAUCGACCUGGCCAUCUCCAGUUUGCGCAAUCCGUUCAUUGUGGAGAGAUUGACCGCUUUCCGUUGCCAGAUCACGUCUUUGCUCGACCGUUAUUCUGACCACUUGAAGCUCCGCAACUUGAAUAAAAUUUCGUUUGAUAACGUUCAAGGUUUUGGCGGCAACAAGGUUUCUUGUUCAUUCACUUUAGACGAAAUCAUCGAUAGAACGAAAAACGAGCCAUUGUUUGUCAACUCGGCUCAGGUUGAAUUGCUUCUUUUGAACCUUAGAAGCAGCACCGGUGCUCCUCGCUCUCCAGGCUCUAAUUUCAAUGCUUUGGCUGUGCUUCAGCGUCACGGCGACGACGACCCUCGCUCCUUAAUGUUCCCACCUUUCCGUAUCAACGAAGUUGCCAUUGAAUUCGCCGAAGAGGGUCUUACACUUCAGGCUAUUUCUUUCUUUUCAAAGGCUCCUCAAGAUACAAUCACGAUAUCGGGCUCUCCCGAGACUUUAACGACUUGGAACUCUAAAAUCUGCAAGAUCUUCCCUCAAAUUAAUAACAAGUUGAAGCCAAGCAGCAAGUUAGAGCUCGCUGGCUUGGGUAUUUCUUGCCUGAGUUCUGAUGACGAUUCUGCCAGUUCUCCAGAUAACGGAAGCCAGUCUUCGUUCACGUCACCUACUGAAAGCUUGACUGAUGAUCAGGAAUCAAGAACUCGCAGACCUUCUACAGAGAUUAUGAAAAAGACCCUUGGAAGUGGUCAAACUUCUACUGGAAAGGUUAUCAAGACUAUGAACUUGGUGGAGAAUGAGGUUGCGCCUAGCUCCGCUAAGGCUGAAUACUGCUUCGCUGAUGAUAUGGAAUCUGUCAUCAGUAGUGACGACGAUGAGGCCCUUGAAGCUUCUUUUGAAAUGGUUAAACCAAAGUCCAAGACCGUGUCACCACCUAAGGCGGAUGUUUAUAGAAACGCAGCUGGUUCUGCUAUCAACAUCCACGAAUUUGGCAAAAACUAUAACCCAUCGUUCUGCUCCGUCAACGAAGUCACUACUGAGAAGAAACCAAAGAAGAAUUUCCUUUCCACGUUGUUCAAGAAGAAUAAGUCGAAGGAGUCUUUGGCAGAAACCAAGCCUGUCGUGCUGGCCAAUACCCAACCUAAAUCAGCUCAGCCAAAGCAGCAUAAACCAAAGCAACAAAAGAGCUCUCAACCGGAAGGUUCCUCAAAGAAAGCGUCCAGCUCUACAAAGGAGAGACAGCCUAAGCUGGCUGAUCGUUCCAAGAAAGCACCAACACCUCCUUCUAAGGAAAAGACCAAGCAAGCACCAAAAGCCAAGAUGGCUCCACCACCACCUCUUGACUUGACUGGAAUUUCUAAUGUCCCAGAUUCAUCUGCUCCACUGAGUGCUACGUCAAGUACGUUCAACAGAACUUUGCCUUCUCCAUUUGCAUUGCCAUCGUCUACUUCCAGUUAUUUCUUCAAGCCUCCAACGCCUGCUUCUACAAACAACAACGACUCGGUGACCAGCUUGGCAUCUAAUUCUUCCGAACAACCAUUGAGCAUUCCCGAAUCGUUGAAGGAUAUCAUCAACUCAGAGAGUACUGUUGAUUUCUACAUGUCUCCAACCUCACCUAAGGCCUUGAAGGUCUCAAAGUGGAAGAGGAAGUAUGCUAAAUGGGAGAUGCUUACUACCAACGACAAUCUUUUCGUGAAGAUUGUGACCAACUAUGACUUGCAUAAGUCGUGGUUGCUUACCUUUAAGGAGGAGUACGACGAGGAGUAUGGCGAGAUCAUUGACAAGCCGCUUCUUAUUUUGAACUUGGACCAGAACACCCAGGUUAGAAAGUCUUCUGCUUUGGACUUGGAGAUCAACGCAGUUAAUUCUAUCAACGAGGAGAAGAUCCUUAUUAUAAUGCGCUGUUUCAAUGGCAACUUGAUGAACAAUCUUACGAAGAAUUUGGAUGAUAUGUUGGAUGUCAUGCAAAGCAAGUCUCCAAACAAGAACCCAUCGUCGUCCGAGUCAAACACGACGUUGAUGUCGUCGCUCAUGAGCAAGCCAAGUCUUUCUUCUACACUCCCAAGUCUCCAUCUUGAAGAUUCCAGAGAAAACAGCUUGAGUCCUACAGCACCUCUGGAGCCCCAGCAGCAGGAGACCACGUCUAACAUGCUUUUGCUCGAUAGAAUGACCGUGAGACUCCACAAGCAGUUGGAAUCGUACGAGAAGAUCCAUGAAGUGUCGUCGUGGAAGACUAUCGCCAUGUACACGUUGAGCGUGUGCCAUUCGGCUGGUAGCGUCGACAAUGGCAUGUACCAUUUGAUCAUGGAGAACCAGGGUGGUGCAAAUGCCGAGCAGAGUGAAAUCUCCUGGACGUUUGACGAGUCGAACAUCCGUGACCGUAUGGAGAAGAUCGGUAAGGCCGGUUUGUUGGUGAGACCAGGUCUGGAUAUCUACAUGAUCGAGUGCAAGUGUAAGAAGGAGCUUCGCAGACUCCAAGGACUUUUCUAA